AUGACCAAUAACUCGCAAGUUCCGAACCCGGCCCAUAUACAGGCCGACUCAAUGCUGGCUAGGCGCUUUGGCAAAGAGACCGUGAAUUAUUUCUCGAGCUCUCCCUUGAACCGUCUGUCGUUCCUUCGAUCAGACCACCCCUUUCUCUCCGCCGCUCUCAAGCACCCUUCGACCCGAUUCGUCAUUCUUAAGGACCUAGCGCCACUUACAAGGUCCCCGGCGGCGCUGUAUUAUGCCAAAUACGAUGAAGUGCGAAAGCUUGUCCCCGAGACGAUUUAUGAUAAGUCGGAGGAGAGUAUGAUCAAGGACCAUGACUCGCGAAAGACAGAACCGCACCUCGUCUUCCUCGGUGUGGACGAGGCGGCCAAACAAGACCCAUUCACCUGGAAGAUCUACUCCGGAACGCCGUAUUUUGCUCUCGAUGUGUCGGAGAAGGGAUCAGAGGAGCGGCAGGAAAAUUCAAAGAGCGUGCGUAGCGCGUUCGAAGCUCAAGGACUGAGUUUCCUGCAGGCGAGGAUAGCGAUGACAUUCUCAGCUGAUGAGGCCGCUAUAUAUGCCCAAGGACGUGCUCUCGUUGACUGGAACACCCGAAACAGCUUCUGCGGCACUUGCGGCAGCCGCACAAUCUCCGUAAACUCGGGCACAAAGCGCGCCUGCCCACCCACCGAUGCAGCCCGCGAGGCCGAGGGCAAACCCAUCGAAAAGCCCGCAUGUACCACCCGCACCACCCUGUCCAACCUCUCCUUCCCGCGCACCGACCCCACCAUCAUCGUCGCCGUUGUCUCCUGCGAUGCGAAGCGGAUCCUCCUCGGCCGCUCCAAGCGCUUCCCGCCAAACUGGUACUCGACUCUAGCCGGAUUCAUCGAGCCCGCAGAGUCCGUCGAGGACGCAGUCAGGCGCGAAGUGUGGGAAGAAGCCGGCGUGACGCUCUCGCGCGUCAUCAUCCACUCAACCCAGCCAUGGCCGUACCCUGCUAACCUGAUGAUUGGCGCCAUUGCGCAGGUCAGUGACCCCGCGCACGAGACGAUCAACCUCGAGCAUGACCCUGAGCUUGAAGAUGCGAGGUGGUUUGAGAUUGAGGAGGUUGAGGAAGCUUUGAAAGUGGGAACGAGUAACUUGGAUCAGGCUGCUGGGCCGGGGUAUAAGGAAGGGGCGUUGAGGUUGCCGCCGGCCACGGCUAUUGCCAACCAGUUGAUACAAGCGGCCAUCGAUAUUGAUUUUCUUGCAGGGGAUAAGAACUCGAAGAUGUAG